AAAUAGCGGACACAAUUUUGGAUACCAAAUUAUUCGGACCCUCAACAGAAACACUCUUUGAGCAGCCGUUUUCUCCUUUCGCAGUCUUCUUCCCAAGGCCUUCUCUCGUUUAUUCUUACUACACCGCCGCCAUUCAUCCGACAUGGACGGCCCUCUUGUUCACCGGCAAUGGAUGCCCUCCACCACCGGUCCGCAGACGCCCUCGGUGUCAUCCGCUCAGACUCUUCCGUCUAUCUCAACAUUGACGGGGGGCAUGGCUGGUGGGAUCCCUACCCAGGCUGAGAAGUCGCCGGGAAAUGCUUCGCUGAACACCAUAGAGCGAGAUUCCGGGAAUUGGUCGAUGCCUCAGAGUACCAGAUCGUCGACAUAUUCUACGGCGACCAAUGGAACUGGCAACUACCCUUCCCUCUCCUUCCUCACCUCUACUCAACCUUCCCCCAACCGCACCUCCCUCGUGUCGGAUCGAUCUCCCUACCCCACCGACCACUCCAAUACCAACACACCUUCCUCUGCCGGGGCGCAACCGUCCCCUAACUUCGGUUCCACUCAGCCCACCACCACUCUACCCUCCAUAAACCAGAAUUAUGACGCUCCGUCUCAAAGAGCCAGUUUCGCCGAGCCAAUUGAAUCACGACGCAGCAGUGUGGACAGCAGAAUGAACCAAGGGAUCAGCUCCCUUGCUAUCAACCAGGCUUCCCCAUACCACAGCACAAACGCCUCGCAAUCGUCGAUAGUUUCGGGAUUGCAGAGAGAGCGCGGCAUUUCUAUGGAUGUGAACAUGAACAAUUCUUACCGGGGGCCUCGAUACUCUGGGGGGCAGCCCCUGUCCCCUCUUGGCCCACGGGGGGAGCAUCGUAGUUUUGCGGCUGGCCGCACUGCGCCUGCGAUCUCUUCGAACCCUCGCUCGGAAAUUUACAACGCAGAGGCGCCGACCGCUGGUCUCGCCUACGCCUUUCCAGACCCGGACGUUGCGCGAUCCAAUUCAGUCUCCUCUACAACCGAAAAGUCCCACAACCAGUUCUCCCGAAAAGGAAGCACUGCUGAAUCUCUAGCCAGCAGCGUCUAUUCGGAGACGCGGUUGCCCCGUGGACAGCAUGAACUCCCCCAAAAUGUACAUCACCACCAUUCCUUACAGCACAAACAAGUCCGGGGCCUUAUUGGGGAAGCGGAGGCACACGGGGGCAGCACUCCCUAUAGCAGAACGCCGGAGCUCAGGGUAACCCACAAGCUGGCGGAGCGAAAGCGCCGCAGUGAGAUGAAAGAUUGUUUCGAGUCUUUGCGCAUACGCCUUCCACAAAGCCAGAACAACAAGUCUAGCAAGUGGGAGACCCUCACACGAGCUAUCGAAUAUAUCUCGCAUUUGGAGAAGAUGCUCGGUACUACUCGCCGCGACAAUGAGAUUCUGAGGAGCGAGCUUGACGAGAUGCGGGCGCAACUCAGCCAGCAGCAAGCCAGCAACCAACCUCGCCAGCCAUCGAUUUUCGAGCACCAUUCUAUGACGGCGCAACAGCCGAAUGGACAUGUGCAUGCUCCCAUGUUUUCGGGGUACGCUCCUGGAUCCGGCAUGGCACAGGAGCAGCCUCGUACCCUACCUCCUCUCAUGAACGGGACGGUUGCACCGAUGCAGGGGGUGCAGUAUACGGAUGAACGACGAUAGUCGAUGGGCUAUCGAACACUUUCCAAAACAAAAAAAUGGCAUUGCGACGAAUGCAUUGGUGACGGUUGCUUUUGCAUGACACAGUCUAUUCCCUCCUGUGCCUUA